AUGGUUUUGCAGGAUAACAUUCGUGUGGCAGCUGGAGGCUGCGUUGGAUCGUUAGCUCUCAUUGUACCUGAAGCCGAGCUAGAAUCUAUCAUCAGUGAUCAGCUUAUAGGUAUGACAUGUUUACAAGUACAGUUAGCACAAACAAUCAAAGACAACAGAGUGUCGUCAUUACCACAAUCACAAAGUGCGAGAUAGUGUCUAACGUAACAGACGGACACAGGAUAUAUCGGGCAAGUUUAUAACGUAACGAACGCACACAGAAAAGAGCUGGCUUGUCUCUAACAUAAUGAAUGCACACAGAACGUAGCGAGCUAGUUAAAAACGUAACGAACGCACACUGAUAUAUACUGAUCAUAGAGGGCUAGUGUCUAACAUAGUAGACGCACACAGGACAUAGUGAGCUAGGUUUUAACGUAACGAACGCUCACAGUACAGAGCGUGCUAAUGUAUAACGUAACAGCAAAAGAGAACGGUGCGCUAGUCCUUAACUAAACAAUGAAUCAAAGUACGGAGCGCGCUGGUUUAUAACGUAACAGGGACACAUAGGACAGAAUGCUACAGUGGUAUCGUGACAGUUAAACAUACAACAGAGCGAGCUAAUGUAUAAAUUAACAGUGAUCAUAGAAGAGAUCAACAAUGAAACAGAACAGAUGGCGCUAAUGUAUAAAUUACAUUACUUCCCACAGUAAACGACCCCACCGUUGAUUGGACCGUAAGACAUGGUCACGCUAUUGCUCUGUCAGCGGUCUUACAUGAUGCUGUGGAGAGAAUAGUGGCCCAGGGCCUUUAUGAUGUUGUUACUGACGCCGCCGUGGAACACGCUAUGACAGACAGGGUGAGUAAUGAGUUUGAACGAAGGCGGAGGGCGCCUCGUAGAAAAGAAAAACAACUUAAGUAGUUAUGCAAGGUUACACCACUUUUAACGUGUUUGGAAAGUAUAGGAAGAAUACAAGAUGUGUUUUUGUGGUAACCGAUGAGGACACGCCCUUGAUUUUGCCUCUCUCUUGUUGGUUGAAAGUGUCCUAUAUUCAGGUAGUUAACGCAUCAUCUCAGCCGUAUAUGCAUUUGGUUUGUAAAUUUUGUUAACUUUGGGUGAGUGAGUAUGUUAGGGAGGAAGGGAGGGAAUGAUUGAACGAACGAACGAACAACCCAAAGAACGAACGAUUACGCAGAAUUUUACGAUUAGACACUGAUUCAUAUCGCUCUACGGUUAUCCAUUGUAAAAGAGGUAUCCAUAUUAGAGCAACUUUUACCCUCGAGAAAUUUCCACUCUUAGAGAGAAGUGACCGCUUUUCAGAGAAGUCUACAGAAGUAAUAGUUGUGUCCAUGUUAGAUGGGCGUGGCAGUAUAGGGGUGUCCCUCUGGGAGGGAGUUUCCUCGGUGGGGAGAGUUGACUGGUGAAACGUCAGAAAGAAGAGAAAGAAAAGUGAAUGUUAAUAAUAGAUGACUGAUUAGGUUUGCUUUCUCAACAAAUAUUGCAUCCAUGUGUACUGUAUUUGUUUUUCUAGAUCCCUAUCUGCAGUUCCGGCGUGCGAUCUCUCGGCUACAUUCUCGCGCACUCAGUAGUUCAGUGCGAGUCACCACCACCGCAGGUUUUGGAAACACUUUUCAAGGUAUACAUACAAACAAAAAAGUAAUUCAUUGUUCAAGUCAUUAGUAGGUUCCUUUCUCCUUUAGUAACGGUAAAAAUAAAAAUCAUUAUUUUACGUCGUUAACUCAUGAGAGUACUUAAUCUGUCAAACUUGAGUACGACUGUUCCCUUUUUUAAUCCCCUUUCUCCAUCAGCACUCUGUUUUACGGUUAUUUUAAACUAAUACUAUAUACGGAAAGGCAAAAAGUCGAAACAAGGAUUUAAGGUCACACCUGAGAAUCGAACGUGAAACUUCAGGCAAAGAAGGCUGCGCACUAACCGACUGUGCUAAUUCUUGCUCCUUAAGGUAGAUUUCCACUGUCGCGUAAUUUUUACUUGCGUACGCGCAUAAAUAAAAUAGAGACAAUGUAUGGAAGGUCACGCGCAUACGUAAAAGUUGAACCUCGCUCAACUUUUACGUUUACGCGUGGCCUUUCAUACAUUGUCUCUAUUUCAUUUACCCUCGUAAAUUUUACAUAUCAAGCCUGUCCUGCUCCUGUCCUGUUUUUCAACUGUACUGAGGGUCCCCAAUAGAACUUUUCGGGAUCCGGGAUUUGCCUCAUCUGAAGAUGAUCGAGAUCACGGGAUUGGUUCGGGAUAAUAGAAUUGAAGAACCCUAUUGGGGACCCUCUGUACUCGCAGCCAUAAUUUCGUGAUUUGUGUCCAUGGCGUUUCACAUUAGCACCUCGUGAAACCAUUAUUUUAACAAUUUGUUUCUAGAUGCUACAAGAUGGCUCAAACGAUAUUAAAAUGCUAGCGUCCGCGUCUAUAAAGCACGGGGCGCGCGCGAGCUCUGCACCAUUGGACAGCGCGCUUCUGAAGAUGUUAAUUCCAGCGCUUCUCGGAUCUUGCAAGGAAAAGAAUACCGCAGUAAAGGCUGCUGCUGAGUCCGCGCUCAUGUAUGUACUGCGGCUACGAGAUGGCGAGUCAACACUUCAGGUAAAAGUAUCCAGUUUUUUUCCUUUCGAUUUCUAUUUGAAAAUAUGCUUGAAGAGCCAACUUUGCUAAAACCUUAAUCCUAGUCUUUCGCUCUUUCUAAUGUUUGAUAGUAAAAAGGUACAAUCACAAUUGAAAACAGUUGCAGUUACAGUUAAACCUCCCAUAAGUGACCAGCCAAUGUAAGAAAAUUUUGAGGUCGCUUGCUGGAGGUGACCGCUUACGAGAAUCGAACCAUUAUUAUUAUUAUUAUUGUUAUCAUUAUCAUUAUCAUUAUCAUUAUCAUUAUCAUUGUAAUUAUCAUUAUCAUUAUCAUUAUCACUGUCAUUGUCAUUGUAAUUAUCAUUAUCAUUAUCAUUAUCACUAUCAUUGUCAUUGUAAUUAUCAUUAUCACUGUCAUUGUCAUUGUAAUUAUCAUUAUCAUUAUCAUUAUCAUUAUCAUUAUCAUUGUCAUUGUAAUUAUCCUUUUCAUUAGCAUUAUCAUUAUCAUUAUUAUUAUCAUUCAUUAUCAUUGUCUUUGUCAUCAUUUUUAUUUUAUUUUUUCUCUAUAAGGCGGACACCGCCCUAAAUUGGACACCUUGAGUUACUCUCUGCUGAUCUUCAGUUAUUUUCUUUGAUUCUCUAUGAGGCUAAGACCUCCCUAAAACGAACACCUAGAAUUGGUCCCUGUCGUUUUUCAGUUAUUUUCUUUGACUCUCUACAUGACAGACACUCUCGAUGGUAGAUGCUGAUCCCGACAUUGUCGAACUCAGAGUUAAUUGUAAAUAGAUAUUAGAGCGGUUUUCACUUGACUGUCGUAAAACCAAAACCAAAGUAAAUACACUAGCCAACCAAAGGGUGUAGUAAAACCAAAACCAAAACCAAAACCAAUCCCUUUCGACAGUCAAGUGAAAACCGCUCUACAAUAAAACUUACAAAUGUGUUGGAUUUGUUUCAGACGUGUUGCCGUAUGUUCGAUGCCAGCACAGCAGAGAGCAUACAAGAUCUGUGUCGGCGUUCGUUACGUCGCUUAGCAACACAAGACAGUGACGAUGACGAGUUGGAAUCGUAUUUCUCGUCAGUAGACCAAGGAUGA